UUCCCAUGUGAAUAUUGUCCAAAUCGGUUUGUGUCGAAAAAUGUACUACGCUUGCAUCGACGACAGGUUCAUCAGAAAGAUGAAUAUAUAGACUGCGAACAUUGUGGACGCACUGUAUUGAAGACAUUCUACAACAAACAUUUAAAGCGCCAUAAACAACUGAAGUUCUUAUGCAACAAAUGUCCUAAAAUAUGUGCUUCCCGUUUCACACUUAAAAGGCAUUUAGAACUCCACUCAGAUGAACGUGAUCGAAAUAUUGAAUGUAUCGACUGUGGAAAAAGAUUUUUUACACUCGAAAAUCUCCAAUUGCAUCAAACUACUCACAUCUUACCAGAAGAUCGAGCAAUAUUCGAAUGCACAAUUUGUUCAAAAACGUUCCUGCGUAAAUCAAAUCUUGGUUUACACAUGCAAAUGCAUCGUGGCAAGACUAUCGAUUGCCCACAUUGUGGCAAAAAGUUCGUACGACGCAAAGAUCUCGAAGUACAUAUACGUUUUCAUACUGGCGAUUUUCCAUUUGCAUGCUCGAUGUGUGACCGGAAAUUUGCUAUAAAGGGCCAUCUUAACUACCACGAGAAACGACAUCUAGGUGUACGCUACAAAUGUGAUGAAUGUGAAAAAACAUUUAUAAAUCUCGCUGGCUUGAGGCAACAUCAAUACGAGCACACGGGAAUGCCAUUGUUGUGUGGAGUGUGUCAGCGUGGAUUUCCUACCAAAUUUAAGGUUCGCCGUCAUUUGCGCACCGUGCAUCAGGAUCUUUUUAAGAAAACUGGUUACACAGAUGCGCUAGCAAAGAAGUACAUACUUUCAGGAUCAAAGUCGACCGUUGGAGAAAAGAAAGAAACUGAGUUUGCAGACAGUACUGAAGGCACUGUCGAGAUGCUGGAGGAGCAUGCUGGAGACAUUCCACUAAACAUGCUAGAUGUUUAAAUUUUGCUUUAGUAAAAGUAAUAUACGAGUUAAAUAUGUAUGCGUUUUUAAGACAGCCAAAUUUUAAAUAAGCAGUAUUUAUUUAAAACCUAUACACGAUCGAUAUAAUUUACAAAUAAAGUGGUAUACAUAAAGUUACUUAAAAUAUAUAAUCUAUUUAUAUUGGCAGUGUCUACACACACGCGCCACGGCUAGUUUAAAAAUUACCGUAUAUCUACGGCAAAAUUACGUGGAUUAUGUGUUGCCGGAGAAGU